AUGGCAUCUACCUCUAUCACUGGUGGUCCACCAGAGAGGGAAUCUCCAAAAAUUUCUCCAAGGCGUUCAUCCUGCUUUGGCCGGGUUUCUUUCUUUAAUAUUCCAUGUUGCUCUGCUCAAUCCAAGUCAAGGUCAGCUACUUCUACCAUACCAGAUAAUGAAGCACCCGCUUCUUUGGCUGUUGGUCGAUUGGAGAGGGAACCUGAUUCUAGCAGUAAGGCUGCUUUUGACGGAAUUGCACCAUCUGCAUCGACUUCUGCCUCGCAACGCACAAAAAAACCGUGCUACGAUGUAUUCAUCAAUCAUCGUGGACCAGACGUCAAAUACACCUUAGCUAGCACUCUGUAUACUAUCCUUACUGGUAUGUCACUCUCUGUUUUUCUGGAUUCACAAGAAUUGGAAUAUGGUGAUUUCUUGCCCCGAACAAUAGAAGCAGCAAUGGCCAGCGCUUCGCUUCAUAUUGCUAUUUUUUCAAAGACCUAUGCAGAAUCACGUUGGUGUUUAGCAGAGCUCUCAUUUAUGCUUAAAUCUGCGGCCAAAAUUAUUCCUAUUUUCUACCAUGUAGAUCCUAGUGAUCUCAGAUGCGUACAUCAAGGGAAAGGGAUGUAUGUUGAGGCAUUUAAAAAGCAUGAGCGGAAUGGUAAAUGCAGCCCAGAACAACUUCAGGAGUGGAAAACCGCACUCCACAACGUCUCAUUUUACGCUGGCCAAAUCGUUAAUACUAAAGAGUAA